AUGGAAUUCUAUCGUUCUGGUAACCUUUUUUGGCCAUUAGGAUCGAUAGAAAUAACUCGUGAAGAAAUUGAUAAAGAAUUUAAAUACAUUCAUCAAAUCGAAAAGAAAAAUAAGAAUUAUAUAACAUUAGCAAUAAAAUCCGCCGCUAAUACAUUUGAUCAAUUUAUUUUAACUUUAGAUGAAUUAAUAAUACUUUUUUAUAAAAAUUUUAAAAAUGAAAUUAUUUUAUUUUUUUAUGAAGAUGGUGAAAUUAGAGCAAGUGGUUUUUCUAAAUUUCCUAUUGAAUUUAAUGAAGGAUUUGCACCUUUUAAAGGAGGAAUUGCUUAUAAUUUAUUAAUGGCAAUGGGACAACACAUAAAAUCCCAUUUGGAACAAAAUUUUGAAAAAAUAAAUUUGAAGUGGGAAUGUAAUCGAUGUAAUUUUGAAAGUUAUUUAAGAGUUGAUAUUAAUUUUACGAUAGAUUUAACGAAAAUUAUUGAAAAUUCUUCAAGAAUUAACAUUUAA